UGUGCUCUAAAAGUACGUUUUGCGUGUUUUUGCUGCUGUGUCUCAGGAUGUUCUGACCAGAGGCAGCAGAGAAUGUGUGAGCAGGUUUCCCUCCACAUUUGUACGACUUCUGCGUGGAUAUUUAGAGGGUGAAAGUGUGUGAAGGAGACACACAGCAGAGGACAUGGCAGGAGACCUGGUGGUGGGGCUCCUCUAUAACUUAUGUCUGCCUCUGCUGCUGCUGCUGGCGUCUUUGUUCCGCUACAAUGGCCUGUCGGUGGUCUACUUUGUGUUUCUGCUCAUCUUGCCGCUGCUGCCGAACCCCAGUCUGGCCACCAUGAAAGGUAAAACAGGCCAGUUCCUGCUGUCCAUCAUCUAUACCAGUGUGACCUUCCUGGCCCUGCAGUGCUUCAUGCAGAUCCCCUUCGCCUACAUCCCUAAACACGUUAGUGGUGUCUGGGAGGACGUCCUCUACCACCUCGGCAUCGUCAGAUUCAGCUCGGUCAGCGCUGGGAACAUCGUGCGCCUCCUGGCUCCAGAUGUGGGCGUGACCUUCUCAUCGACGUCCAUACUGAGGCUGUGCAGAAAACUCCUUCGUCCGGCUCCUCAAGUCAGCCUCCAUGAAAAUGGGAUCCCUCCUGCUGACCCCGAGGAUGUGGAAACCUCUGACUCAGAAUCAGAGGGAGGAAGUGACACAGAAGGGUCGUCCUUUGACAGCUCAGAGGUGACCACGGUGCCGGUUCAAACAGGACCGCCACAGUUCGUCCAGAAGCUCAUCGUGUUCGCAGCUGGACUGAGGGUGCUGCUGUCAGCGAUCAUGAACACAGCAGGGAAAGUGGUGGUGACUCUGCUGCUGGGGCUGGCAGGUAUCACGCUGCCCUCCCUCACCUCUGGAGUGUACUUCGGGGCGUUUCUCGGCUUGGUCUGGUGGUGGGUGUUCAGUCGCUCCAUCACUAUGCUGCUCUUCAGCUCCCUGUGUGUGAUGAUGGCCAUCUUCAGUGGAGGACACCUGCUGGCUCUGUACCUCUAUCAGCUGCCCCUGUCCCAGCAGAUCGUACCACCAGACGACGUCUACGCCAGGGUGUUCGGUAUGACCGGAGUGAUCAGAACCAGCUCUUCAUAUCCUCACUCUCUUGGUCUGGAUCCUCAUGUCAGCUGGCCGGACUUCAUCAACCCUCUGGUUCUUCUGCUGCUUUACUACACGCUGGUGACUCUGCUGCACAAAUGGGUUCACAUCACAGAGGAGGACAUUGCAGAGGAUGAGGAGUGUCAGAGUCCCGUGGAAAGUCCAGAAAUUCCUCCGAGUUUCUCCAGAGUCAUUUACAUCUCAGGAGAUAAGCAAGAGCUUCUUAGCAGCACAGAUGAAGAAACCUAUCUGCCCGAUGAGCCAAUGAUCCUGAUGACUGCAGUUUCCUGGCAAGACGUCCACAGCAGCAACGUGGGCAGUUUGUUAGGAGGAGCGGGCUACACAAACUGUUACUCUCCACCACAUUAUGAAGGCAAAGACUCGCCGUCCAACGAGACAGAAAGCGAGAGAGAAAUAGAAGAGAAGAGUGAGGAGGCUCCUCAGAGUCAGACCGAGUCGUUGCCUCCUCCGUCAGGUCCGAGUGGUUUGGUUGUAUUUGGAAGGCUGGUGCAGAAACACAGCUACGUCAGCGCCCUCAUCAUCAUGAUGAUCUGGAGCAUCACCUACAACAACUGGCUGACCUUCGCGCUGCUCGUCUGGUCCUGCAUCAUCUGGAUGAUGAGGGACCGCCGGCGCUAUGCCAUGAUGUCGGCCCCGUUCCUCGCCAUCUACGGCACCGUCCUGGUGGUUCUGGGCUUCCUGAGUGGGCUGCGAUUGGACCGGGCCGAGCUUUACCCCGGUUUACCCCGCGCCGUGAUCGAAGACUUCGACCUGAACGGCUAUCCCCCGGCACCCUGCGUCCACCUGGGGGCGAAGGUUUUCUACAGCUUCAGUUUCUGGCUCAUGUUUCGUCAGCAGCUGAAGGAGCGACAGGAGGAGCAGAGCUUGAAGGCCGAAUCUCUGGAUGACGUCAAAGUUACGCCACCUGAGGAGAGUCCGCCGUCUCCUCUGGUUGCGAUGCUGAUCUCAGGUGUGAAGGGGAUACUGGUGAAAUACUGGAUCCUCUUCUGCUGUUCCAUGUUCUUUGUGGUCAGCUUCUCUGGAAAGGUAGUCGUCUACAAAAUCCUCUACAUCGUCCUCUUCCUCUUCUGUGUUGUUCUCUACCAGACCCGGUACGAUGUGUGGCGUCGCCUCCUGAAGACCUUCUGGGCCGUGGUGGUGGGUUACUCCAUGGUGGUGCUGAUCGCCAUCUACAUGUACCAGUUCAGGAGCGUGUCCAGUCUGUUCAGACAGAUCAUGGGCAUGUCGGAGGAAGGACUUCGGGACCUGGGUUUGGAACGCUACGACACCGUGGAGCUGUUUGCUCGUAUUCUGCUUCCUGCUGCGUUCCUAUUGGCCUGUAUCCUCCAGCUGCAUUACUUCAACGCAGACUUCCUGAUGCUCACCGACCUGGACGACGUACCUGUCAGACAGGCCUCCAGACAGGAGGAGCUCAGGAGUUCAGUCGGUGUGAUUUCUGACACCAUUAAAGAAAAUAUUGAAAAGUUCCAGAAAAAGCUGGUGAAAGAGCAGAUGGGAAGUGGGAGAAGUCAGGAGACUCUGGACAGCGUUGGACUGCAGCCGUCCUCAGACAAAGGAGCUGAAGACCAGGAGGAGACGACGGGAGAAGAAACUCUGCAAAGCAGUCGUGAGGACAAGUGGAUCGUGAUCGUGGACCGGGCGAGUCUGCUGCUCAUCCAGACCCUGUCAGGACUCUACAGGCUUCAGGAGCUCUGCUGGAGGCUGCUGGAGCUCCACAGCCUCAAAAUCGUGUCUACAGGCAUCAUCUGGGUGUCUCUGCAGGAGGUGUCGCUGAUGAACUCGCUCUUCCUGGUUCUGUGGGUGUUUGCGCUCCCGUUUCCACGGUUACGACCUCUGGCCUCCAGCAUCUCCGCUGUGUGGGCCUGCGUCAUGGUGGUGUGCAAGAUGUUCUACCAGCUCAAAGUCAUCAAACCUCUGGAUUACUCCUCCAACUGCACCGCUGGUUUACUGCCGUCCAACAGCUCGUUACUGGAUGACGGAGCAGAGCUGAAGGGGAACCUGGUGGAGCUGCUCAGGAGGUCCAUCCUCUACGCCGAGCCCGUUGAUCCUGUCUACUGGUGUGGAGCUCUGCGCAAGUGUGAGGGCCGGAUCCUCCCCUGUCUGAGGAACCAUCUGAUGAUUUUGGGGCUGCUGGUGUUCGAGGCGACCGUCCAUCGCCACCAGCUCUACUACCGUCUCCAUAACGACCUGAAGCCUCCUCCCUUCAGCAUCAUCUUCCAGGGCAUCACCAGGCAGCACCUGGACCACGGCAUCCUGCCCUGCAUCAAGUACUUCAUCAACUUCUUCUACUACAAAUUUGGACUGGAGAUCAGUUUAAUCGUGGCCGUCAAUGUGAUCGGUCAGAGGAUGGAUUUCUACGCUCUGUUUCAUUCCUGCGCCUUACUGGCUGUUCUGUCUCGGCGACGCAGGAAGGCUAUUGGGGAAGCUUGGCCCAAAUACUGCUGCUUCACAGCCGGACUCAUGGUGCUGCAGUACCUGCUCUGCAUCGGCAUCCCUCCGGCCUUCUGCGCUGAUUACCCCUGGAGAACUGCCCUGGAGCCUUUGACUUCUAACGUUAUUAAAUGGUUCUACAUGCCCGACUUUGCCAUGAGACCGGAUCCUAUGUUCAUUUUCUACGACCACCUCCUGCUGCUCUGCUCGUCCCUCCAGUGGCAGGUGUUUGAGGAGGAGAACCGAGCGGCGGUUCGACUGCUGGCCGGAGACAACGUUGAGAUCAGCCGCAGUCUGGAUCCUUGCUCCUUCAACCAGUUCAUACCUGUAGACAACUUCCUCCACUGCAGGUGCUACCUGGACAUGGUGAAGGUGUUUGUGUUCAGCUAUUUCUUCUGGCUGGUUCUCUGCCUCAUCUUCAUCACCGGCACCACCCGGAUCAACAUCUUCUGCCUCGGCUACCUGGUGGCCUGUUUCUACUUCAUGCUGUUUGGAGGCAGCGUACUGAUGCAGCCGGUCAGGUACAUCCUGAGGCUCUGGGACUGGCUCAUCGGCUACACCUGCUUCGUUAUCGCCAUGAAGAACCUGCUGUCUCUUGGUGCCUGUGCCUACCUGGACAGUCUGCUGAAGAACAGCUGCUGGCUGAUUCAGGCCUUCAGCAUGGUCUGCACCAUUAAAGGCUACGACGUCCCGGAUCCUGACGAUGAGUGCGAGCUGCCGGAGGGUGAAGCCGGAAUCGUCUGGGAUGCCAUCUGUUUCACCGUCCUGCUGGCUCAGAGGAGAGUCUUCCUCAGCUAUUAUUUCCUCUACGUGGUGUCUGACCUCAAGUCCUCCAAGAUAUUAGCCUCCAGGGGCGCCGAGCUGUUUGAGGCCAAAGUGAAGAAGCUGGUCGCAGCCAGACUGGAGAUGGAGAAGAAGUCUGUGGAGACGCUGAAGAAACAGAUGGAGAAGAUCAAAUCCAAACAAAAGAGUCGACCUGCAGCAGCAGACAAAGACCAACCUCCUGCUGACCAGGAACAGGUCGCACUCGAUAAUGAGGAGAAAGCGAAAAGAGAUGCAGGAAAAUGGUGGAAGCCCUGGGUGUCCCGGCCUGGAGUGGAAAACAACUGUGGAUACCACCUGUUUGAGAGCGACAGCGAGGAGGAGGAAGAGGAAGUUAAAGGAGAGGAGAAGAAAGAGGAGGAAGAACCACCGAAGAAGAAAUCUGCUUUCCAGCUGGCCUACGACGCCUGGGUCACCAGCUCCAAGUCGGCUCUGAAGAACCUGAAGACGGAGAAGAAAAAAAUGAAGAAAGAGGAGAAGAAGAAGGAAAAGAGAGAGCUGCAGAAACAGCAGGGCAUCGAGAGAGGAGACUCCAGUGAGGAUGAACUGGAAGAAAGCACCAUAGAGGAGGAACCAGAGGAAGCAAAAGAAAACAUCCUGCAGCGCGUCAUCAGCACGUUGAAGUUUGGCUGGGUGUUCAUUCAGUCUGUCCUGGACGACCUGACGGACGGUCUGAACUCGUUCUGUAAAGACAGCCGGGGCAUUUCCAAAGUUCUGCACUUUGAGAGAGCGUUACUCAACCAGCAGCAGAAGAAGGGUAAAGAGGUCAGUCAGGAGAGCGUGAAGCAGUUCUAUGAGACCUGGUUGUCCCGUCAGAACACGAUGUCGUCUCAGGACGACCUCGAUGAAUCCACACCUCCACCUUCGUCUCCGCCCGCCGCCGCCUCCUCCCGCCUCGCCUACGCCAAGCUGAAGAACCAGGCGUCCAAAGUGUCCUGGGGCAGCAGCUUCUCCAGCUGUACGACGGACGAGACGAUGUUAGGAUCCCGACAGCCGACCCAGGAGGAGCUGGACGAGCCUCCUGCUGUGGCUCCUGCUGCUGCUCAGCUCAGACGGAGGCUGCUGAAGGAGGCCAACGUGGACAUGACCUCCUUCGACACUGAACAACUUUCACCGAGCCGUGAAGAUGUCGUCACUCAUAAAGAAGACAUUGAAGAGGAGGAGGACGAUGAGAAGGACUCAGAGGGAGACAGGAAGUAUGAGCAAGAAGAAGAAGAAGAAGAAGAAAAGGAGGAGCAACAGGAGGAUGCCGAGGUGGAGCAAGACGAGCAAACGGAGCAGAGAGAAGAGGAUGAAUGUGUGAAAUACCCAGAAUGCACCUCGCUGGAGCUCAGGGAGAUCGAUGAAGAGAAACGUCUGGACCUGCCAGAUUCUCCCAGACCUUUGAGUCAGGAAACGAGAAACCUGACGGCCAGCGAGCUGCUGCUCAACAACAUGUUUGAAAACGACGAGAUCUCGGAGUCGGAUAAGUUCUUCGUGACGCUGCCGAGGCCCCUGAAGCUGCUGUUCGCCCUCUACAACACCAUGGUGUCCAAGUCAGAGAUGCUGUGCUACUUCGUGAUCAUCCUCAACCACAUCGUGUCGGCUUCCUUCCUGUCGCUCAUCCUGCCCAUCCUCAUCUUCCUCUGGGCCAUGCUGUCGGUGCCUCGGCCCAGCAAACGCUUCUGGAUGACGGCCAUCAUUUACACAGAGCUGACUGUGGUGGUAAAGUACUUCUUCCAGUUUGGUUUCUUCCCCUGGACCACGUCGGCCUACCGAGGCAUCAACGCCGAGCGGCCCUUUGCUCUGCCCAACAUCAUCGGGGUGGAGAAGAAAGACGGCUACGUCCUCUUUGACCUCAUCCAGCUGCUCGCUCUGUUCUUCCACAGAUCUAUUCUCAAGUGCCACGGACUUUGGGACAACAAGGAGGUGGAGAUGCCAGAUUUCUUCAAGAAGAUGAAGAAGAAAGUGGACAAGAAGAAGAUGACGGGAGGCGACAAGACGGGCAGCAAAGACAAACCGUCCCGCCGGCUGAAGUUCCUCCCCUUCCAGGCGUCGACCUCCUCCUUAUUCUGCAGACAGAAGAGAGGAGAAUCCGCAGAAUCUGUUGAGGUGAAGCCCAAGAAGCAGUCCAGCAAGAAGAAGAGACGAGAGCGAAACAGAGUUCCUCUGACCAGGAAGCAGAGGCUCCGACAGCAGGUCAGGGAGCGGAUGCUGCAGGCCAAAGCUGCCAUCAUAGAAGUAGGGCUUCACAUCUACUUACCCAUAAGGCAGUUCUUCUAUGACAUCAUCCACCCAGAGUACAGUCCGGUGUGUGACGUCUAUGCCCUCAUGUUCCUCAUCGAUGUGGUCAACUUCAUUGUCACCAUUUAUGGAUACUGGGCUUUUGGGAAAUAUUCUGCAGCAGCCGACAUCACUGAGUCCCUGUCGGAGGACCAGGUUCCAGAGGCCUUCCUGGUCAUGCUGCUCAUGCAGUUUGGUACCAUGAUAGUGGACCGGGCCCUCUACCUGAAGAAGUCUCUGAUGGGGAAGUGUGUCUUCCAGGUGGUGCUGGUGUUCGGCAUUCACUUCUGGAUGUUCUUCAUCCUCCCUGGAGUCACUGAGAGGAGGUUCAACAGAAAUCCAGUUGCCCAGCUGUGGUAUUUUGUAAAGUGCAUCUACUUCGGCCUGUCUGCCUACCAGAUCAAAUGUGGCUACCCCAACCGCAUCCUGGGCAACUUCCUCACCAAGAACUACAACUACCUGAACCUCUUCCUCUUCCAAGGGUUCCGGAUGGUUCCCUUCCUGACGGAGCUGAGGGCGGUGAUGGACUGGGUUUGGACCGACACCACUCUGUCUCUGUCCAGCUGGAUUUGUGUCGAGGACAUCUACGCCAACAUUUUCAUCCUCAAGUGCUGGAGGGAGUCCGAGAAAAAAUACCCACACCCUCCGGGGCAGAAGAAGAAGAAGGUGGUGAAGUAUGGGAUGGGAGGAUUCAUCAUCUUCGCUCUCAUCAGCAUCAUCUGGUUCCCGCUGCUCUUCAUGUCGUUGGUCCAGUCAGCAGCCGGAGUGACCAAUCAACCGCUGGACGUUUCCAUCCAGCUCAGCAUCGCCGGAUACGAGCCGCUGUUCUCGAUGAGCGCUCAGGAGCAGAACCUGGUUCCGUACACAGAAGCCGCAUUCAACAAACUCACCAAAGUUUACGCAACUCAUCCAGCUGCCAUGCAGUUCAUCAUGAACUACUUUGCUGAGGACAUUGUAGUCGCUAAGAUCAAGAGCGAUGCCAGUCUGCUGUGGAGCAUCAGUCCGGCCAGUCGAGCCGCCAUGAUCCAGGAGCUCAGCAACUCCUCACACAUCUACAUGACGCUACGCUGGACGCUGCUCAGGAAUGCAUCCAUAUCGGUGAACGCAGAGACGGUGGGAGAACACACGGUGAAGUUUGACGACAAAGUCCUGAGGGAAGGGAUCGUCCACAUGCUCAAAGGCAACAGCAGCAAACCUGUGAUCAUUAACUCUCUGCUGCCAAAGUUCAUCAGGGGUCCCAAAGGACCAGAGUCCAAAAUGGCAACGAGGAUGAAAGUAGACUUGUCGGAGCGUCCGGACCUCCAUGCGCUGUCCUUCUUCAGACCCAUGUCCAUUAAACUCCAGCAGGUCAAUGACACGUCAGAGAAGGAUGCAGACCAGUGGUGGGUGGUGGAGGAGUGUUCUCCGGUUCUCACCUCCACUGAGCACAAGUGUCACAGCAUAGAGAUCGUGGUGUUCAGUGAUAAAGUCAGCCCGUCCAGUCUGGGCUUCCUGGCCGGACACGGCAUCGUCGGCCUCUACAUGUCUGUGGUUCUGGUCAUCGGAAAGUUUGUGAGGGAGUUCUUCAACGGGAUCUCCAGGUCCAUCAUGUUCGAGGAGCUGCCCUGCGUCGACAGAGUCCUGAAGCUCUGCACGGACAUCUUCGUGGUCCGAGAGACAGGAGAGAUGGAGCUGGAGGAGACUCUGUUCGAGAAACUCAUCUUCCUCUACAGAUCACCAGAGACCAUGAUCAAGAUGACCAGAGAGAAGAAAGACAGCUAGGGCUCAGCAGCAGAACAUCUGGUAGUGCUGGACAUUAAGGUGACUCAGAGUGGACGUAUCUGAUCAAAUAACGGAGCAGUGGGGUGAACGUAGGAUUAGAAAAUGACCCCUGCUGUAUGAAACCUGACCAAGAGGCUUUUACACCCCGCUGUUCUUCACCUCUGACCUUCAUGGACACGGAAAGCAGAGAAUUUUUCACAAACGGAUCGAUACAAGUCCCUGCUUAUUUAACUGAUUUUAAUGGAGAAACAUCUCAAACCUUCAUACUGACUCACUGCUUUUCAUUUAAGGUCAUUUUUGAGCAUUUUAUCUCCCUGACGUUUGUCAGCGGACACUAAAACUCUUUUUAAAAAAAGUAAAACCGCAGUACUUUCCAUCCUACAAAUACCAGUUACAAGUUAAGAUAAUUCAGGAGGCAAUUGAUCUGAACGCUUCUUAAUCUAAUGUUUUUUUUCUUCUUGUUGCUUUCAUUUAUUUCUAGCUAACAGGGCUGUGCAUGCAUUUCGAUUUGACUUUCUACUGGUCCAACAUCACCCUGACAUCCCAUCCUCAGACUUU